GCAAAAUUAAUAUUACUCUCAAUAUUUUCUUUUCUCUCAGCAAAUGGAAAUGGCCAUUGAAGAAACAAAAUCACUGACUCAACCAAUCACCAUGAAAGGUGGAGAUGGCCCUCUAAGCUAUGCCAGAAACUCUAGCUUUCAGAAAGGAGUUGUCGACGCUACAAAAGGAAUGAUCAUUCAAACAAUUGCAAACAAGCUUGACAUGGAGAAGCUGUGUACCGACUCUUACAAGACAUUUCAGAUAGCAGAUUUUGGUUGUUCUAUUGGACCAAACACAUUUUUCUCCAUGCAAAACAUUAUAGAAGCUGUGGAGCAAAAGCACCACACCAACCAUGGAAACUCUGCAACUACUCUGGAGUUUCAAGUCUUCUUCAAUGAUCACUUGAGCAACGAUUUCAACACACUUUUCCAAGCUCUCCCUCCUUCGCGGCCAUACUUCGCUGCUGGAGUACCUGGUUCAUUUUAUGGGCGCUUAUUCCCAAAAUCCUCUAUCCAUAUUGGACAUUCCUCUAGUGCACUGCAAUGGCUCUCCAAAGUUCCGGAAGUAGUUGUUGAUAGCAGUUCCCCAGCCUGGAAUAAAGGAAGCAUAUAUUGUACUGGAACAGAAAAAGAAGUUGCUAAAGCUUUUUCAGCUCAGUUUGAGAGUGAUAUGGAGACUUUCCUGAAUGCUAGAGCUGAAGAGCUUGUGGGUGGAGGAUUGAUGGUAAUCCUUAUGGGCGGAGUUCCAGACGGAAUCUCUCUAUCUCAGACUUCAAUCGGCAAAUUUUAUGAUUUUUUUGGAUCUUGCCUCGUGGAUUUGACAAAGAAGGGAUUAAUCAGUGAAGAAAAGGCCAACUCUUUCAAUUUGCCCCUAUACUUUCCAUCCGCGAAGGAGUUGAAGACAUUGAUUGAGAGGAAUGGGCGUUUUAGCAUCGAGAGCAUGGAUGAGAUAGUAGAACAGGUGAAGCGUGCGCAUGCCUUGUCUAAUACCCAAAACUAUAUAUCGCACAUAAGAGCUGGACUGGAAGGAUUGAUCAAACUUCAUCUCGGGGACGAAAUCGUGGAAGAUUUCUUCGAAUGCUAUGCCAAAAAACACGCAGAGACUCGCUUCGUCUUCGCAGAAAAUGGGGCUGACAAUACUCUAAUAUUUAUGAUUCUCAAGCGCAAGUAACUUCCAGAAAUUAAGAGCUGAAGAGGUCCACGCCCACUGCUUUUUGUCUGGAAGCUUAGAAAACAAGCUUAUUAACGUACUUGGGCAAUAUAGCUCAUAAUAAUAACUCGGGUUGUUGGCAACUGAUGUUAGCUGUGGUUGACUUUCGGUUGACCGUUGUCUGCAUUGAUGUUUUGUUGUGUGAUCUUUUAUAUAGGGCCGGAUGACUGCAGGUUAUAGGUUAUUAUGUGUGGUUUUUGUGUUUCAUCUUGUCUUUAAGGCUGGGAUAGCGGUAGAAUUUUCUUCUUUGUUGAUGUCAGCUUAAUCUAUAAUCUUCUAAUUAUUAA